AUGGCUUCGGUCGAAAAGGAGACACUGUCCCAGGAUGAACUCCGGAAAAGGCUCUAUCAGACUUUUAAGAACCGAGGUGUACUGGACACACUUAAGACACAGCUCCGAAACCAGCUAAUCCAUGAACUAAUGCACCCAAUUUUAAAUGGAGAACUUCAGCCACAGGCUGUUACAAGUGAAGGCAGUUCACUUUUGAUCACAGCUUCCAACAGUUUGGUAGCAGAUCAUCUACAAAGAUGUGGCUAUGAGUAUUCACUUUCUGUUUUCUUUCCAGAAAGUGGAUUAGAAAAGAAGAAGCUGUGGACUAUGCAAGAUCUUCUCCAAUUGAUGAGGAUCAAUCCAAAGUCCAGUCUUCACAAAUCACUGACUUCGGAAACUCGGAAGGAAAAUAAAGGUUUUCUUAUGCAGAUUUUAAUCGGGCUUACAGAGCAUCAUCUAAGCAAGGAAACUCAUGACACAGAAACUCAGACAAACUCAGUGGCUCCUUACAGAGAAUCUCUUGCUGAGAAGCUUCAGCUGAUUGAUGAAGAGUUUGCAGACUCUUAUCCCCUGCAUCAGAAAUACGAAUCUUUAGAAGCUAAACUUCAUGAAUAUAGAAAAGAAAUAGAGAAACAGCUUCAAGCAGAAAUGUGUCAAAAGCUAGAACAUUUUAAAGAAGUUGAAUUAGCAAAGAUUAAGAUGGAGGAGAAAGUGCAGACCCAGAAAGAAAUCUCUGAGUUGCGUCAUGAGCUAGAGAGAACACAUCAAGCAAAGGCAGAAGCCUUGAUUUCUCGUGAAAAGAAUGCUAUUGAGAGGCUUCAAAAGCAGCAAGAGAUAGAAGCAAAGGAAGUAUAUGCUCAGAGACAAAGUCUACUGAAAGAUAUUGAAGUCAUAAGGACCAGAGAGGCAGAACUGAAGCAAAGAAUUGAGGCAUUUGAAGUCUCUCAGAAACUUCAGGAAGAGAAAAAUAAAGCUAUUGAUGAAGCACUUCGACGUCGGGAAGUUGCUGUGAAGAACAUAGAGGACACAUACGACCAAAAGCUUAAGACAGACCUCUUAAAAUAUCAGCUUGAAUUAAAAGAAGAAUACAUAGCCAGAACCAAUAAAGUUACUGAAGAUGAGAAAAAAAAUAAAGAGAAAGCUUUGCUUUUGCAUGAAGAAGCCAUUGCUGUUAAUUCCAAAAAGGAAGAACUCAAGCAAGCUGUAUCACGCACAAAAGAGCUUGAGCUGGAUUUGGAGUCAGUGACGGCCCAGGUUCUGUUGCUAAAUAAACAGAAUCAGUUGUUGACAGAAAAACUCAAAGAGUUGUCAGACUAUCCUUUGCUAAAGGAGGAGAAAUUGGAGCUCCAAGUGCAGAAUAAACUCCUUAGGCAACAGCUGGAUGAGACUCGCAGUGAAAACCAGCAUCUUCGAGACAAGCUGUCCCAGCCCUCAGCAGAGCAUCUGGCCUGCCAAGUGGAGCUGAGGAGAGUGGAACAUUCUAAGAAGCUGGCACUGGAUGAAUUUGAAAGUCAUAGGCAGGCUUUGGAAAAGCAGCUACAAAGCGAGGUUGAGCGUUGUGCCCAGUUAAAGGCCCAGCUGUUAGACUCUGAAACUACUGUCAGGAAGUUAAAUGUGCAAGUUGAAGAACUGAAACUGCAGGUGAAACAAACACAGGCAGCUCUGGAAAAUGAAGUGUAUCGGAAUCCAAAGCCUUCACUUGUUGAUCGUUCUGUCCUUGACUUCACUGGUGACAGAGCUGUACCUCAUGAUAUUUAUGUGGAUAGCACAUUCCUAAAGAAUCAGGUUAUGACUGAUGUUGUGAAGGUAAAUGCUGUGCCAAGAGUUGGCUAUUGGCAGCAGCUGCAGCCACACAGUGCUUCUCCGGAUUCUGACCUGGAGUAUAUGGCACAAACCCGGGCUAGAAUAAAAGAACUAGAAAAAGAGGCAGAGUGUUUGGAAGAAGCCUACAGGAACUACCGACGCAGUGUCAUGCAGGAUGCAGCUGCAAGCAGAACACCGAGAAAGAUGCAGUCUCCUUUACUUCUACAGUGUGCUACUAAUAGGCCACCCUUGACUGCCCAGCAUGAACUUCUCGAGGAUAAUUCCAGGUCCCAGCAUUCCUCUCUGAGCAGUCUUAGAGGUGAAAAAGACAUCAAAAGAACUGGGUUGAUUGAUGUCUUUAAAAAUCCCAUAACGCCACCACACAGAAGAACGUCUGCUUCAAGAUGCCUUUCUUCUACUCCUGUUUCCAAAGUGGAAAGAGAUCUCAAUAACAAGAAAGUUUCAGAUGACACCAGUUGCUCGUACCUUGCCUCUUCACAGCAGAGUGUUGACAAGGUGCUCUCUCCUAUUUCAAAGCCAUAUCCACUUUCAUCUUCUGAGUCUGUUUCUUCGUCACCAUCCAGUCAUGGCCAGAAAAUCAGACUUCAUAAUCAACAAACAGAUAAACCAGAUUUCAGUGACAUUCCCAAACCAGACAAACUAAUAUAUGAGGACCUUGAAGAAUGCAUUUCUUCUCUUGAAUAUCAGAGGGACAUUCCAGAGCAGUGUGAAAGUGAUGCUUUGCAUCCAUCUGGGGACAUCAUCAAUGGAAACCAUGUCACAGCCACUGUGCCAGCAGAAGCCACUUCACUGCAGGACUUAAUGGUGCUGGAUCAAAGACAGAUUGAAGAACAGGAUAGAGAAGUGGAGAAAAACUUGGAAGAAGAAGAAGAACAAGAAAGGAAAGCAAGAGAAGAAAAGGGAGAGAGAGAACUACAGGAAGCUCUGGAAAAAUGGCAAAAGGAAGAGGAAAAGCGUAACGAAGAGCAGAUUCAAGACUCAAUGAAAAUAGAUGAAGAAAAAGAAGAUAAGGAAGGGGUAAAAUCUGAAAACAGUAAUUCUGGUGCUGAAGAUAACGUGAAGGAUCCUACUCCAAAUCCAUUAGAAAAAUACAUGAAUCUAAUUCAGCAAAGGAGGGCAAACAAGGAUUCAAAAGGAGAAAUAGAAGUGUCACUUACAGAGGGAUUUGGACUUAGUGAAAAGGAUGACAGCACUGCAGACAUUUCUCAUGGAGACAUGGAUGAAAGCUUCUGGUGA